AUGAAUCUGGUUAUAAUUAUAGUUACCAUCGCCUCAGCCCUCUCUGUUAUUCUGGCACUAAUUGCCUUCUGGCUCCCACUUAUGAACCCGGACUACGAGAAACUUUCACCCUACGAAUGCGGCUUUGACCCCCUUGGCUCAGCACGGCUCCCAUUCUCUCUCCGCUUUUUCUUAGUCGCCAUUCUCUUCCUUCUCUUUGACCUAGAAAUUGCACUUCUUCUCCCCCUUCCAUGAGGUGACCAGCUAUCAUCCCCCCUCCUGACCUUCACUUGGGCCUCUCUUGUCCUUACCCUUUUAACUCUCGGCCUAAUUUAUGAGUGACUUCAAGGAGGCCUCGAAUGAGCAGAAU